UCAUCAGUGACUUCUUUCUUCACCUCAACCCAGCCCACAAAAUUGGUGAUAGAGCCAGGAAACACACACUUGAUUGCAGACCUCUGUCUCCUCAGCAUCUUCCUUGCUGGUCAGCAAUGUAUCGGCCAGCUGUGGUGCGGGCCAAGAAGAGAGCUUGUGUGGAGCCCUGGGUUAUUGGCCUCAUCACCUUCAUAUCCCUGAUUGUCCUGGCAGUGUUCAUUGGCCUCAUUGUUCACUAUGUGAGAUACAAUCAAAGGAAGACCUACAAUUACUAUAGCACAUUGUCAUUUACAAGUCACAAACUAUAUGGAGAGUUUGAAACAGAGGCUUCUAAGAAUUUUACAGAAAUGAGCCAGAAAAUUGAAUCAAUGGUGAAAAAUGCAUUUCAUAAAUCUUCAUUGAGGGCAGAAUUUGUCAAGUCUCACAUCAUCAGGUUCAGUCAAGAGGACCAUGGAGUGUUGGCUCAUAUGCUGCUGAUUUUUAGAUUUCGCUCUACUGAGGAUCCUGAGACCAUAAAUAAAAUUAUUCAACGUGUUCUACAUGAAAAGCUUCAAGAUGCUGUAGGACCCCCUAAAUUACAUCCUGAGUCAGUUGAAAUUAAAGAAAUCAACAAAACAGAGACAGACAACUUUCUCAACAACUGCUGUGGGACACGAAGGAAUAAAACUACAAGUCAGAGUCUCAGGAUAGUUGGUGGGACAGAGGUACAAGAGGGUGAAUGGCCAUGGCAAGCCAGCCUGCAAUGGGAUGGGAGUCAUCGCUGUGGAGCAACUUUAAUUAAUGACACAUGGCUUGUGAGUGCUGCCCACUGCUUUAGAAUAUAUAAGGACCCAGCCAGAUGGACUGCUUCCUUUGGAGUAACAAUAAACCCUCCAAAAAUGAAACGAGGCCUCCAGAGGAUAAUUGUCCAUGAAAAAUACAAAUACCCAUCACAUGACUAUGACAUUUCAGUCGCAGAACUUUCUACCCCUGUUCCCUACACGAAUGUGGUACACAGAAUUUGUCUCCCUGAGGCAUCUCAUGAGUUCCACCCUGGCGAUGAGAUGUUUGUGACAGGAUUCGGAGCACUGCAAAAUGACGGUAACAGUCAAAAUCACCUUCAGCAAGUGCAAGUGGACCUCAUAGACUCUAAAACCUGUAAUGAACCCCAAGCUUACAAUAAUGCCAUAACUCCUAGGAUGUUAUGUGCCGGCUCCUUGCAAGGAAAUAGAGAUGCAUGCCAGGGUGACUCCGGAGGACCACUGGUUAGUCCAGAUGCUAGAGAUAUCUGGUACCUUGCUGGAGUAGUGAGCUGGGGAGAUGAAUGUGGGCUACCCAAUAAGCCCGGUGUUUAUACUAGAGUGACUGCCUUCCGAGACUGGAUCGCUUCCAAAACUGGUGUCUAAGAAAGAAAAACCUAGUAGAAAGGAACACAUUUUUUUGUGUAUAGGCCAUUCUUAGAUAUAGUGAAUUGCAGAAGAAGCCAUGCAGAUCACCUGGGCCUGACCGAUUGAACUAAACUGUCUGCUAGAUGAGUAUUUCCUUCCUAGCUCUGCCCCAUACAGCAUCCUGCUUCUGCCAGAUGGAUUCUGUUCCAACUUGUUUUCUAGAAGUUAUCUGUCAUCAAACUUUGGCUUGUUGACACAAAUUUCUCAUGCAUAUAUACAAUUUGAAGUGAUCCCGUCCUUCAUUUCCCCAGAUCCUCAGUAAAUUUCCAUUUUCAAGAUGCAGGACAAAGAGUAAAAGGAAAUAUGAAAAGGAAAGAACAAUGUUUUUACCUACAGAAAAGUACGAGGUGUUUUUUUCUUAAUGGAAUGAGGAAAAAGAUUGCAAUCACUAUGACAGGUCAAGAAGACAGAAAGCAGAAUACCAAAUACUUCGUGAUGGAGAAAGUAUGGGAACCAAGUUAAGGAAAUACAGAGAAAUCAAGAUGUAGCUUUAUUUUCAUUUCCAGAAAACAACUACAGAGAUAAAUAUGCAGAAGAUUCUGUUUUCUUGUGACCUACAAUAAUUAUACAAACUCAAUAUGAUGUACUUGCACUAAUUAAAGCAAAUAUUAUUUAACAUUGCACUACUGAGAAUGUCAACAUGUAGUAAUACAAAUAAAUAAAUCAUCCAUUUAUUUGACAUUAUAAUAUGAUAAUCCAUGAGGAAGGGGAAGGUUGGGAAAACAUCACCAAUUAAUUUAUUGCAAAUUCUUUUAAAAUCUGAGGGUAUAAUGAAAGCUCACUUAAGAACAAUUAGAAUACCUCAUAUAAGAUUUUUGCAAGGUUGAAUGGGAGGACAUAAAAACAGAAUCAGGACAGACUACUGAAUAAAAGGAGAUUAUCACCAGUGCCUGUAUAUUUGUAUUUAAAGAUUUUCCAAACAGCAAAGCCUUGAAGGGGAAUAAGGUCCAGAUGUUAGUAUGUAGUUACAGUUGUGCAAAUGAAGCUAGGGUCAGACCUCUAUUCUGAGAUGACUGCAGAUUCCUCCUAUCUCCCCACCUCCCACCCGCAUUUCCAGUCCAUGCUUGGACCACAGGCCUCUUAGACUCCUUUGGGCUCAGAUGGGAAGAUCUCAUAGGGAAUUUAUCCUGAAAGCUGCCUCCCUGCUACAUCUAGCAUGGGAGCAAAUCGCUUACUGCCUGACUAUAAAAUUGAAGAGAAAAAGCCUAACAUCAAUCACCUUCAUAAUUUCAGUUUUGAUAAAUUACUGCUGAGCUGUUAGAUAUACAACAUUCAAAUGAUCUAGGCCACUGUGAAGUGACAAUUGGUGCCAUGGCUUAUGGGCAUGUUAGUGGUGAGAUUUCACUGAAUCUUUCCAUUACUCUUUCCUCAUUGUAUGUAGCUACUCUUACACGUUCCAUAUUUUACCAUAACUGCUUUGAAAUAAACAUUAGCAUAAAAAAAUUUACUUUUAUCAACCUAAAUAACAUUGGCAUAUGAUAAAACAUGCAUUUGGUUAAAACAUGAUAUGAAAUCUGACAUGAAUUGAAAAUGUUAAAUAUUUUGCAUAAGCAUAUUCCAUUGAAUGGAUUCUUUUGAAAAAAAUGAGGAAAAUGAUGAAUUUUAAUUACAUUUCAAACUUUAUUAUUCUCUCUUUGUCCUAUUAAAAAUUGAUUCCCCUUGUUUGAGUGUGUUUUGAAGUUUGGCCUCUAGGUGGCACCCACAGGCUAUAGGUAGAUACAGGGAGCCUGCCCUUCAAGUAACAAUGAAAACUGUAGUAGACACUCUGUACUAGAGCCUUGUAAAACCAAAAGAAUACAAUUCAUGUUUGUGAAGGCACUUAAAAAUGAAUCCAUGAAAACUGACAUCAUGGUUAGCAUUUUCCAGGUUUCUGGAGGUGAGUUUUCAAAUUAAAAUUUUUAACAUGUGAUAGGAGGAAUUUCUUCUGCAAACGUGAAGAGAUUUAAAUUAAGAAGACAUUUUAGAAAUUUAAUUUCACAAUGGCAUAUUUCUCAGAAAAAUGUUUUUGAUAUUUUCUUUUACAAAAUAUUUGAGAAAUAGAGGUUAGGCCACAAUGAAAAUACGAGUGAUAGUUCAAACUUUAUGUGCACAGGGAAAGAGUUAACAUAGUGUCAUAUUUUCAAAAUGACAACUUCCUUUGAAAGAUAACAUAUGAAGGGUUUGUGAAUUCUUGGACAUGUCUGUUUUUAUUAUUUCAGUGGGAAAAAUUACGAAGUAAUGACUAAAAUAAUAUUAAUUGUGCAAGAGGGCAGGCAGUUCUUUAGCUGUAUCUUUUAUCACUCUUUCCAUAAUAUCUAAUAAAGUGCUCUGUAUUAAAUGGUCUUUUACUAAA